AUGGCAGAGGUGGAAGAAAUCCUGAAAUGGCUGCAGAGCCAGAAGGGCGUGCAGGGAAUCAUCGUGAACAUGGAAGGCAAGUCCACUACCACCCAGUACGCCAACCUCAUGCACAACCUCAUGAAGGCAUGCAGCAUUGUGCGAGAAAUUGACCCCCAGAAUGCCCUCACCUUCCUUAAAAUUCACUCAAAGAAAAACGAAAUUAUGGCUGCACCAAAUAAAGACUAUUUCCUGAUUGUGAUUCAGAAUCCAACUGAAUACGCCACUCUCUUGGCUCCUCUCCCUGUGUUAUUCCUUAAUUUUAUGCCCCCCAAGAAGAAUAGCUUUUUCUUGGCAGAGAUGAUGCGAGGUCCUGCUUGA